UGUCGUGAAUUUUAUCCACGUGCGUUGUUCAUGUUUUAAGAUUUUAGUGUUUUUAUUUUAAAAUGGGAAGAAAAGGGGAAUUUCAUUUAAAAACUAAAAAGGGUCCCGGUAGGAAAGCAAAGAAACAGAAACCUCCUUCUUUUCCUACAUUUAAUAAAGAUGAUGAUUCUGUACAGAAAAGGAAGAAGAAGAAAAGAUUAAAUGAGGAAAGUGAAUUGGAACAGACCAAAACUAAGAAAAAUGUGAGAUUUAAUAUUACAGAAAAUCAAACAUAUGAAGUACCAAAAAUAGAUCAAACAAUGAAAAAUGAAGUUGUUAAGAAGAAAAAAUUAAAGAAGAAAAAGAAAAAGGGAAAAGCUGUUAAAGAAAGUGAAAUACAGUUUUCAGAUUCUGAUGAUUCUGUUUUAGAAGAUGAAUUUGAGGGAGAAGAAUGUAAAGAGGAACAAUCAGAAUUACAUGAUGAUGAUGAUGAUGAUGAUGAAAAGUGUAGAGAUGAUGAAGAAGAAGAAAAAUUGAAUGAAAAUUCUGAUGAUGAAUUAUUAACAAACAUUUCUGAGAAGAAAAAGUUUGUUCUUCCAAGUGGUCAAGAACUUGAAAUAGAAAAAUCCCAACCUCCAGAUCUAGUUAUUAUCAAUCAAAGAAUUAAAGAUAUAAUAGGUAUUGUUAGUAAUUUUGCCACCCGUCGUGAAGAGAACAGGUAUAUUAUAAUAUAUGUAAAUAAAAGCCAGACAAUUGCUUGUAAAUUUAAAAAUUUUAUUAAUUUUAUAUAAUAUUUCAAAGUAUAANUAUUUUUAUUUAUUUAGUUAUUAGAAGUUUUGGAGGCAAAUGAAGUUCAGAGGCCUGUUACUAUUAGAACAAAUACAUUAAAAACCAGAAGGCGGGAUCUUGCUCAAGCUUUAAUAAAUCGAGGAGUAAAUUUAGAUCCAGUUGGAAAAUGGACUAAAGUCGGAUUAGUUAUUUAUGAUUCCCAAGUUCCAAUAGGUGCAACGCCAGAAUAUUUAGCUGGCCAUUACAUAUUACAAGGUGCAGCUUCACUUCUUCCUGUAAUGGCACUUGCACCACAAGAGAAUGAAAGAGUUUUGGAUUUAUGUGCAGCACCAGGUGGAAAAACAACACACAUUGCUGCUGUAAUGAAAAACACUGGGGUUAUAUUUGCAAAUGAUGUUCAUAAAGAUAGAGCAAAAGCUAUUGUUGGUAAUUUACAUCGAUUAGGUAUCACCAAUUGCAUUGUUAGUUGUUAUGAUGGCAGGCAGUUUCCUAAGGUGAUGAUGGGAUUUGAUCGUGUUUUACUAGAUGCUCCUUGCAGUGGUACUGGUGUUACCUCUAAAGAUCCAGAAGUGAAAUUAAAUAAAGAUCAGAAAAAUAUAUUGCGUUGUUCUCAUAUACAGAAAGAAUUGAUUUUGGCAGCAAUAGAUUGCUUAGAUGCUAAUUCAAAAUCUGGAGGUUAUUUAGUUUAUUCAACUUGCUCUAUUUUGCCAGAAGAAAAUGAAGCCGUUAUUGACUAUGCUUUAAAAAGAAGAAAUGUGAAAUUAGUUCCGACUGGUUUAGAUUUUGGCGAAGAAGGUCUUUCAAAGUAUCGAGAAUAUAGAUUCCAUCCUUCAUUAAAACUGACCAGAAAGUACAGUCCUCAUGUUCACAAUAUGGAUGGUUUUUUUGUUGCAAAAUUAAAGAAAUUUUCAAAUGUUAUUCCUAAAACAGCAGAAGAGAAUGAUACAAACAAAGCGAUGACAGACAAACCAAAAGAAACUGAAGAAGCAACUCAAAAUCAAUCGAAAAAGACAAAAGGUGUAAAACGCAAGAAAAUCAAAGAAAAUUCUGCCGAAAGUGAAGAUUUGGAAGAAGAAACCGAAGAGGCAGAAGAUCAUUCCGUUAAACCGUUCGGCGGCAUAAAAAAGAAAAAAUCGAAAUGGCUAAAAAAUAAGAAAGCAAAGAAAGCCAAUUCCUUCAAAUGAGUAAAUGGAAAGCGUUAAUGUACAUAAUCCAUUUGAAUGAAAUAAAAAUCUUCACACUCUUAUUUAAUCAAUGCAUUUGUAAAAAUUAAUCUUUAUUAGAUAAUUCAUAGCUUUAUUUAACAAGGACAGGCUGAUGGU